UUGUAGCUUGCUCAGUGACUCUUCAGCGGCUACACUUUCAGAACUUCAAAUUCAUGGAGCUUUGUCCAUGAUGAAGUUCAUCAUUUUCUUCGUCUAUGUAACUUUAGUCUACUCGGAGUUACACAGCUUGAUCACCACAUACACUGGAAUACAUGGACAGACGGUUGCAGGAAUCCCAGAGUUUUCUGCUGUAACUACACUGGAUGGACGUCAGAUUGAUUAUUAUGACAGUGAGAUAAAGAAGCUGAUUCCCAGACAGGUCUGGAUGAAGGAGUUUGCAUCUGGAGACACCUGGAAAGAAGACACUAAGAUCAGAGAGCGAGUGCAGCAGAUCUACAAAAACAAUAUUCCUCGUCUAAUGGAGCGAUUCAAUCAGACACAUGGUGUUCAUGUGUAUCAGAGGAUGUAUGGAUGUGAUUGGGAUGAUGAGACUGGAGAAUCACGUGGGUUUGAUCAGCACGGUUAUGAUGGAGAGGAUUUGAUCUCACUGGACCUGAAGGAGUUCAGAUACAUCACACCUGUACUGCAGGGAGUACCCACCGUGAUGAAGUGGAACAAUGACAGAGAACAGCUUGAAUCACUAACACAAUACUAUAAAUAUGAGUGCAUUAACUGGAUGAAGAAGUUUUUAAAUUUGGCAAACACUACUUUUAGGAGAACAGAGCAUUCCAAAGUGUCUCUGUUGCAGUUGGACCCAGACUAUUAUGUGGAGUGUCACGUCACAGGUCUUCACUCCAAAGAAACAACCAUUUUGUGGAGGGAGAAUGGCCAAGAUAUAAAUAAUUUAAUGAUGUUAGGAGAAAGUCUUCCAAAUGAGGAUGGGACCUUCCAGAGGUCUGUUACCCUCUUUGUCCAUCCAGAUGACUGGAAGAAGGACCAGUAUGUUUGUGUGGUGGAGCACGAGGGAAAGACCACCCAGAAGAUUCUGAGAGCGGACGAGAUCAAGAGUAACUACAAGAGGCACAUCUUCCCCACACUUUACACUGAAAUAAAUGGACAGACGGUUGCAGGAUUCCUAGAUAUUUCUGCUGUAACUACACUGGAUGGACAGCAGAUUGAUUAUUAUGACAGUGAGAUAAAGAAGCUGAUUCCCAAACAGGACUGGAUGAAGGAGUUUGCAUCUGAAGACAGAUUUAAAGAAUACACUGAGUUCAGAGAACGAGUGCAGCAGACCAACAAAAUCAACAUUCGUUUUAUAAUGGAGCAAUUCAAUCAGUCACACGGUGUUCAUGUGUAUCAGAGGAUGUAUGGAUGUGAUUGGGAUGAUGAGACUGGAGAAUCACGUGGGUUUGAUCAGCACGGUUAUGAUGGACAGGAUUUCAUCUUUCUAGACAUGAAGGAGUUCAGAUACAUCACACCUGUACUGCAGGGAAUAAUCACAGUGCAGAAGUGGAACAAGGACAGAGAACAACUUGAAUUACUGAAACAAUACUACGAAUACGAAUGUGUUGAGUGGUUAAAAUAUUUCUUGACAUUAAGGAAAGCGGGUUUAGAGAGAAGAGCUCCUGUAGUGUCUCUGUUACAGAGGAGUUCCUCCUCUCCAGUGGAGUGUCAUGCCACAGGUUUUUACCCAUCAGCAGUGACUAUCACCUGGUUAAAAAAUGGAGAAGAUCAUGAUGAGGAUGUGGAUCUUGGAGAGCUACUGCCAAAUGAGGAUGGGACCUUCCAGAAGACAUCUAUCCUCAAUGUUCCUCAAGACGACUGGAAGAAGCACCAGUAUGUUUGUGUGGUGGAGCACGAGACAGGGACCAUCCGGAAGAUUCUGAGAGAGAACGAGAUCAAGAGUAACGACAGACUUACAAAAGCAUUCUUCAAAAAAAUAUUUCUGUCUGUGGCAGGAGUUUCCUUAUUCCUGUAUAUUUGUCUUUCGAUCCAAUGUAUACAACCGUGAAGUAAGAGCUGGCAGUCGGUCCGAACGAAAAGCAGAUCAAAAUCUUUGAAGAGUUUCCUCCGUUCAUCUGUACGGGCCUCAGGUUCCAGUCCAGUUGGGAUUCUUCAGGACCAAAACCGGUUUCAGUGUUAAAUAAUUUCCAC